GAAGACUAACCCUAAAUAUAAAUAAUAUUAUAUUUUUAUAUUAAAAGCGAUAAACUUGUUUGUAAUGUUUAAAAAGCUUCCCAAACCGCUACUUAUAGGUUCAGGCCUGGCAACGGUUCUCGGUGCGGCAUGCCUCACAAAGGAAAUGAUGGGGGAACCGCGCUACAGAGGCGACAUACUGGCAGAAAAUAAGGUUGUUAUAAUAACCGGCGCCAACACCGGUAUAGGAAAAGAAACAGCCAGGGAACUGGCGAAACGAAAAGCAAAAGUUUAUAUGGCUUGUCGAGACCUGAAAAGAUGUGAAGCUGCUAGAGAGGACAUAGUAUUGGACACCAAAAAUAAAUAUGUAUACUGUCGAAAAUGCGAUUUAGCAUCACUGGAUUCAAUAAGGGAAUUUGUCGAUGUGUUUAAAAAGGAACAAGAUCGAUUGGAUGUUCUAAUAAACAAUGCUGGAGUUAUGAGGACUCCAAAAGACUCCAAAACUAAGGAGGGAUUCGAAAUGCAGCUGGGUGUCAAUCAUAUGGGGCAUUUUUUGUUGACUAAUUUACUCUUGGACACUCUAAAGAAAUCCACACCAAGUAGAAUAGUAAAUGUGUCCAGUGUGGCCCACAAGAGGGGUAAAAUCAACAAAGAAGAUUUAAACAGUGAAAAAAACUAUGACCCCGCUGUUGCCUAUUCACAAAGCAAGUUAGCUAACGUUUUGUUCACUAGGGAGCUAGCUAAAAGACUGGAAGGAACAGGUGUGACUGUAAAUUCUGUACAUCCCGGUAUUGUUGACACGAAAAUAAUCAGACAUAUGGGGUUCUUCAACAGUUGGACGGCAACAAUUUUCCUUAAACCUUUUGUGUGGCCUUUUAUUAAAGGUCCUACGCAAGCGUGUCAGACUCCAGUUUAUUUAGCUAUAUCCCCAGAGGUUGAAAAAGUUACCGGAAAGUAUUUUUGUAACUAUGAACAAGAACAGGUUUCUGAAGCUGGCCAGGAUGAUAAAACAGCGAAAUGGCUUUGGUUGGUUAGUGAAAAGUGGACUAGACUUUGUAAAAUAUAAUUUCAUUUAGUUUUUAGUUCUUAUUAAAUAAAUAUUUUAUUUAUUUAUUAAUAUUAACAUUUUUUUUGUCAUUUUUUAUCUAA